AUGGUGUUGCUGAAGCACAUAGAUACUCCUGUGGGCAUCUCCUCACGGCUGAUGAGGAUCCGGAUUCACACUGAAAGCGGUUACUUGUCCCUGCUCAGUGUAUAUGCGCCGACUCUGCAGACGGACGAGGACGUGAAGGACAGCUUCUACAGGCUCUUGGAGGAUGAGGUUCGCCACGUUCCAGCACGAGACUCGCUGUUGGUACUGGAGGACUUUAAUGCCAGAGUUGGGAAUGACUAUGGGAACUGGCCCGACUGUCACGGCAAUCAGGGUGUCGGUAGAAUGAACAACAAUGGUCAGCGUGUCUUGGAGUUGUGUGUGGCCCAGCGUCUGUGCGUUACUAAUACCUACUUUGCCGGAAGGAUCUCACACAAGACCACCUGGCAGCACCCAAGAUCACGGCACUGGCACCAACUAGACUUGGUUCUCUGCAGAAGGAGCCUUCUUAAGGAGGUUCUCCACACGAGAGCGAUUCGUUCUGCUGAUGGGGAUACAGACCACUGCCUUGUCCUCUGCAAGAUUCGGACAUUUCUGAAAAAGCUGCACAAGUCACAGCAGGCGGGACGGAAACGGAUCGACCGGGAGGGGGUGAAGAACCCGGAAAAGGUCAACAGCUUCCUCAAGGCAGUUAGCGAAUCCGGCGGAGAGGAUUGGGAGGACAUCAGUUCGAUCGUGUAUGAGCAGGCCUUGAGGCACUUUGGAUCCCAACCACGAAACGGAAAGGACUGGUUUACGAAAGAUCUGCUGCCGCUCGUGGAGGACAAACGGAAGGCCCUGCUCAGGUACCGAGAGGUGUCAACUCGCUCAAAUUUUGCCAGACUCAAGACUGCCCGACAGAAUCUGCACAGGGAAACUCGAAAGUGUGCAAACCAGUACUGGCUGGACCUUUGCCAGAAGAUCCAGGUCUCGGCAGACACCGGAAACCUCCGGGAGAUGUAUGACGGCAUCAAGACUGCGAUCGGCCCAACCAGAAGGAAGGUAGCACCGCUGAGGGACCUCCAGGGAAAUCUCCUCACUGACACGGACCAGCAGCUCCAGCGAUGGACUGAACACUACAGUGCUCUGUAUGGCAGUGAACCCGUCAUCGAUCUUGAAGAAAUAGACCAACCUCCAGACCUGCCAUGUCUGUCUGAACUGGACCCCGUCCCCACUGUGGAGGAACUCUUGAGGUCCAUCAACGAUCUCUCCAACAACAAAGCUACAGGUACUGACGGCAUACCAGCAGAAAUCAUCAAAGUCCUGGCUGUACCGCACAGCUCUACCCUGCUGCAACUCCAUCGUUCGGUCGUCAGCUACUGGCAACGUGGGCAGGUACCUCAGUGUCUCAAGGAUGCUCAGUUAAUACAGUUGUAUAAGAACAAAGGGGAUACGUCCGACUGCAACAACUACCGCGGGAUCUCCCUGCUGAAUGUGUUUGGGAAGGCUGUGGCUAGGCUUGUGCUUAAGAGGCUUCAAGUUUUGGGUGAGUACAUCUACCCAGAGAGUCAGUGCGGUUUUAGGUCAAACAGGUCAACGAUCGACAUGGUAUUCACCCUACGACAGCUGCAAGAGAAAUGCACUGAAGGUGCAAGCAUGCAUACCAUCCUCACAGAGUGCCGGCUCAGAUGGUUUGGACAUGUCUGUAGGAUGCCGCAAGACCGUCUUCCCAAGAGGACUCUUUUCAGUGAAGUCAGCACUGGAGCCCGAGUUCGUGGAAGACCUCUACUCCGUUUCCAAGACCACGUACGGGACGACCUACCACACUGCCAGAUCAAGGAACGCGGAGUGGAGGAGCUAUGUGCUGUGAGGGGAGCGUGGCGGAAAGCAGUCCAUGAGGGAGCAGAUGCGGCGGAGAAGAAGUGGCGCAAGGAAGGACGGGCGCGCCGAAAACAAUCAGCCCAAGGAGCGGUAGCAUGA